AUGGCACAGUACGGGGACCAAUACGGCAACAAAAUGCGCCAGACUGAUGAAUAUGGCAACCCUGUUCGCCACACUGGAGGUCCUAACUCGGGCCAACAAGGAACUGGUCGUGGAACCACCGGAGCUCAUGGGACUCAGGGUGGAAUUGAUUCUGGCCUAGCUGGGCAGCAACACGGACAGGGCAAUCUCCGCCGCUCUGGAAGCUCGUCAUCAGAGGAUGAUGGGAUGGGAGGGAGAAGGAAGAAGGGUUUGAAAGACAAGAUAAAGGAGAAGUUACCUGGCGGUCACAAGGACGGGCAGACUUACGGUACUCAAACCACUACGGAAGGAGGAGGCUAUGGAUAUGGUGAAGGGCAGCAGCACGAGAAGAGGGGAAUGGCGGAAAAGAUUAAGGAGAAGCUGCCUGGUGGCCGCUAG